AGUACUUUCAUGAGAGUAGAGACAACUCAUAUUGAGGGUAAAAUGGCAACUUCAUCAUCCACCACCUCCUAAAUACUCUUCUGUUGCUGUUAUCUUCUUUAGCUUUUUCAAUUAACUUGUCUUCUUACCGGAAACUGUGACCGUGUCUGUGAACAAGAAGAACAUCCAUGGCUUCCUCUAUUUCCUCUGAUAUCCUUUUCUUCAAGAUUGGUCUCGGAAAAAGCGUUGAAGAUGGAAACCUUAAGUUACCAGAAAAGUUCAGUAAGAAAUAUGGUGAUGGUGUUCCAAAUCCAGUGUAUCUGAAGCCUCCAGAUGGCACUGCAUGGAAGAUAGAUUGGUCUUUGUAUGAUGGUGUGAUUCAAUUUGAAAAUGGUUGGAACGAAUUUGCUUCAUAUUACGCUUUGGAUAAUGGCAAUCUGCUGAUGUUUGUGUACAAUGAAACUUCUAACAUUAAAGUACACAUUCUUGACAUCAUUUAUGGCCUUGAAAUAAACUAUCCUUCCUUGGAUCACAUUGGCGAUGACAAUUCGAUUGAGAUCUUGAAUGAACUGCCGCCACGAGGCUGGCCGAGGAAAAGACUGAAAGCAGCAGCAGAAGUAUCAUCUCCUUCUACAAGUAAAAUAUUGAGGAGUUCUGUCAAAACUGGAGAUGUAGAAAAGGGCCCUGAUAAACAAAACUGGAUGCAGUGUUGCAACAAUGAAGAAGCUAGUCAAUCUUAAGAGACAGGUCUUAAGAUGCCAACAAUUCAAAGUGCCAGAGCUGAUCCUGAUAGUAUGUAAUUUCAUGAGCAAUUCAUCCUUUUAUUUUCGUAGAUUCUAAUGUAUGUCUUUCAUUUUCGUAGAUUCUAAUGUAAUCCUUUGUGGCUAAAAUGCAUAAAUCAUAGUUACAAAUUCACCAAAUAUGUAUCGUACGCAUAUGCGUGCCAUACCAGACCGUAUUGCAUUUCAUGUAACUAUGCAAUAAAUAUCUUAUUGUUCUUAGGCUGUGUUCAAAUUUUGUUGAAAUGAAUAAAAAUUACUGUGUUGUUUGAA